UUUUCCACUUUUCUCCUCUCUCUCCCCCUCUCUCUUUCUUUCUUACUCAUGAAAAAGAAACCAAAAGCCAGAAAUCCUUUCCCAUGAAAACAUCAACCUCAAACCCUCUUCACACUCUCAUUCAUUCACACUCCCCAAAAACAAAACCAAAAACCACACUCACCUAAUUCACUACUCCCCAGUCCAACACACACACAAAAAGAAAAAAACACUCUUCAUUCAGAUCACACCACAAAACACACACUCAACCAACCUCAGUGUUCUACAAGGUCUUCACCAUGGACUCAUCAUCAGGGGGAGCACAACCCCAACCACCCUCUACCACAAAACCUCCUCCACCACCAUCACCUUCCACAGCUCCACCACAACCUCAAGGAUCAUCACCGGCACCACCACCACCACCAAGCCGCUAUGAAUCCCAGAAGCGUCGAGACUGGAACACCUUCUUCCAGUACCUGCACAACCACAAGCCCCCAUUGACGUUAGCACGGUGCAGUGGAGCACACGUCAUUGAAUUCUUGAAGUACCUGGACCAGUUUGGCAAAACCAAGGUCCACAUAUCCGGGUGUCCCCAUUUCGGACACCCGAACCCUCCUGCACCCUGCGCUUGUCCUCUCAAACAAGCGUGGGGCAGUCUUGACGCCCUUAUCGGACGACUCAGGGCGGCCUACAAAGAAAAUGGUGGCCGUCCUGAGUCUAAUCCGUUUGGCGCCAAAGCUGUUAUGAUUUACCUCAAGGAAGUGAAGGAGGGCCAGGCCAAAGCUAGAGGGGUCCCCUACGAGAAGAAGAAGCGCAAGAGGUCCACCACAAGAGUGUCUAAGGUGAGUGAUAGUGGCGGUGAGAGUAGUAUAGUUCUUCCAGUGAGCGGCAACAAUGAUACUAAGGUUGGUGUUGACGCUGGUUCUAGUGCUAGUUUACCUUCUUCAACAACAAGUGUUAGCACAACCACAGCAUAAUUUCAAUGAUUACUUAUUGAUUUUUACCAUUUUUUAGGGUUACUUACUAUACCUAUAUUUAGCAUUCUAAAUUACACGGAUUAUAAUUUAAGUUGUAUAUUAUAUUAUGAUGGGUUUCCAUCAACGAAAAUUAGGUGUAGAUAUUGUCUAAUUAUUUGUCUCAUGCUCAAUCAUUCUAGUCUCUAUCAACUGUUGAGCUAGAAUUAUUGGUGUAAGCUUGUUGUAUUUCACAUGGCACUUCAUCACUAGGUUUCUUUAUCACUAUGUCAUGAUUUAAGAUCUCAAAUGAAAUAGUCCAUUGUAGAGGA